CAAACGAUUGUAGCUACUGAAUAAUCAUAACACGUAACUAUUAUUAUUUUAAUAACUGUAUUCAUUUCAAAGUGUAUGCCCUCUGACGAAUGGAAAGAAGAAGUAGAAGUACUAGAGAGUAUUUUAGGAACUGAAGUAUUGUACAAUGAUGUAGCAGGAGACGAAUUGUGCGUUCAGUGCUUAGUUAACUUGCAGACCAAGAAUAUCACUGUUUUCAGCUCUGUAAACUUGGGGGUAAAAGUUAUCUUGCCCCAGUUCUACUUUCAUGUAAACCAUCAGAUAAAUAUCCUGAACAGGAAAAUCUAGCAUCAUUAAGUGUAAACUGUGUGUGGCUGUCAAAAGAUGAACUUGAAUCGGUAGAACACCACUUGAAAUCAUUGUGGACUGAAGGGGAGCCAGUAAUUUUUGACAUGAUCACAUGGAUUCAAGAUAACCUGCUGGAGCACCUGAAUAUAUAUGAUGAGAUCCACAUCCCUGACUCAGCUGAAGGAUACUGCUGUGACGCUGUGACUAGAAUUUCAAUUCUAGAUCAAAGUAACAAGGAUAGCACCGUCAAGCUGUUCAAAACCCAAUCUCACGACUGUUGUACUUGUUUCUGUGAGUUUCCUGGGGAGGAUCUGUGUCUGCUGACUUGUUUACAUCCGUACUGUGUAGACUGUAUUGCCACGCUGAUUGUGGUUCAGUUUGACAGCGGUAGAUACUGUAAUAUGAACUGCUCACUCUGUGAUACAUUUGUUGGGCGGGACACUAUUGAACAGUUUAUGGAAAAGGCGAAGUUCCCUAUAUGGGAGGAGCGGUUUUUAAUGCAAUCUGUUGAAGAAAUUGAUAUGGUAUUGUUUUGUCCUCGGUGCAAUGGUUAUGCUGUUCGGGGAGAAGACAAUCUAGACACCUGUGCCUCGUGUCAGUUUAUCUUUUGUGAUCGUUGUAAUAGCACCUGGCACCCAGGAGAGUGUGAGACGUUUGAGCAUGUUUCAGGAAUUCCCUCAGACGAAGCAACUGCUGAAAAGGGAGAAGCUAAGAGAUUAAAGGCGGUGGCCAAGAAGAAUGAGAAGCUUACUCAGCUUAUGAAGAGAGCGUUUUUAAAGCCUUGUCCUAAAUGUAGAUGCUGGGUGAUGAGGGAUACUGGAUGUAACCACAUGAAGUGUGCUCUGUGUAAAACAGAUUUCUGUUACAUAUGUGGUAGGCCCGGCGGGUACGGCUGUUGUGAGUAUGAGGCAGUGAGUGUGCCAAAUGACAUGGAAGAUCUUACUGAUUUACAAGCAGUUGAGGUUGGCAGAGUAAAUUUGAUCGAAACAAAGUGGUCAGAGAAUAUUAUUCAAUAUGAUGCCAAGGCAGAAGAAAUUACAAAAUGUCCCAAAUGCAAAAGUAAAAUUCAGCGUAUUGAUGGUAAUAAUCAUGGUAAUUGCAUAGUUUGUAAGACCCAGUUCUGUUUUCUGUGUCUUACUGUGACAAAGGGAACAGGGCAUUUUCAAUCACGCGGCUGUCGUCAACAUGGAGGGCCGGUCAAGACGUGAAAUUAAUGAUUAAAGAUAUUUAAAGGACUGAAGUAGAAGUAUUGUAAUAUUUGGUUGUGUGAAUUGUGAGAUAUAAAGUACUAAAGUAUAUGUUUAACUUUACACCAAUACUGGUGUGUCUUAGAACUAUAAUUCCACAGUUUUUAAGAACAACUAAAAUUGGAGCAAUGAUUAUAAUUAUAUUGUGGUGUGUUAUGUGGUUAUAUAGGAUCCAAUGUUAUAUCGAUACAGUUUUUCGUAAAAGCACCGCUGGUUACUUAGAUAGAACAAAUCGUCAUCAUUGCGUUGUACUCUUUUAUAGUUCUUUGAACGAUUGGCUGUGGAUUUUAACGAAUAUUGAUCAUACUUGGGCACACAGUAACUCAGUAACAUUUUAUAUAUUGGUUUCGAGAUUUAUUAGUUUUAAAUUACUUUAUAAAGUUAAUUGUUGUCUUGUUUUUUAUUCUAGCUUGCAGUAGUUUCACACUUUAUUUGAUGAUAGCUUAUUGUGUUUAUUGUGUAGAUUAUUUAAUGUACGGAUGAACUAUAAUAUUUUAUAAUGCUGUUC